CGUCUACGAGCGAGACCUGGCUCUCUUAUCGUGAAGAGGAGAACGACACAAAUCUAGCCCUUCUCUGAUAAAUCCAUAUAUCAACGAUGCCUCUCCUCCACCUCUCGCGCUUGAUCUCUGCCGCAACAUCUCCGAUCGUGAAUCGGUUGGCUCGUUUUCUCCUUCCGUAGAUUUCCGUUUCUACUCGGUUUUGAACAGUAAAAUGGAACCGAUGGAUAUUGUUGGUAAAUCGAAAGAGGAUGCGUCGCUUCCGAAAGCGACCAUGACCAAAAUUAUUAAAGAGAUGUUACCCCCAGAUGUUCGUGUUGCAAGAGAUGCUCAAGAUCUUUUGAUAGAGUGUUGUGUAGAGUUUAUAAACCUUGUAUCAUCCGAGUCCAAUGAAGUAUGCAGUAGAGAGGAGAAGCGGACAAUUGCGCCUGAGCAUGUGGUCAAGGCUUUACAGAUUCUUGGGUUUGGUGAGUACAUUGAGGAGGUUUAUGCUGCAUACGAGCAACACAAGAUUGAGACUACGCAGGACUCUUUAAAAGGUGGUAAAUCGAGCAAUGGAGCAGUGAUGACGGAGGAAGAAGCAGUAGCAGAGCAGCAAAGGAUGUUUGCUGAGGCACGUGCAAGAAUGAAUGGAGGAUCUACUGCUCCUAAGCAACCAGAGACUGACGGUAGUUUAGAGAGCUAACCUUAGGAGCUUUUAUUUUAUUUAAACCAUAGGCACGCAUCCUUGACUCUUUCACUUUGUGCGUCUCUCUCUCUCUCUCUCUCUCUCUCUCUCUCUGUUCAUAUAGUGUACAAAAGUCAUUUAGCAAGUGCACUAGCCUACGUGGAUAUGCACUUGGAUUUGUACUUCAACUUAUGGAUCAUUUCUACAACUUAAAAUGUAAUUAGUGCAAGUUCGUCCAAA